CCCCGCUCAACCCCCUCUCGCUCGCAAUCAACGCUACCGGAAGGAAAACGAGAGAAGAAGAAGCAACAGCAGCAAGCCGCGGCAUUUCCCCUCAGCUUUGCUUUGCUUUGCUUGCUCGACGCGUGCUGGUUGAUUUGAUCUGAGGAGAUUCUCGUGGGAUCAGUUGUUUGUUUCGUCACUCCAUGGCGGAGAUCUGCUGCGAGGUGGCGGCUGGGUCGCCGGACAGGAAGGGGGAGUGCGCGGGCGACGCCGGCGGCGGCCGCGCGGCGCGGCGGAGGAGGAUGGAGAUACGGCGGCUCAGGGUGGUAGCCGAGGACCAGGCCGCGAAGAGGCGGAGGCUGGAGGGUGACGAGGAGGACGACGUGAGGGGCCCAGCGCCCAGGUACGGCGUGACGUCGGUGUGCGGGCGGCGGAGGGACAUGGAGGACGCGGUGACCACCCGCCCGGGGUUCAUCAACGGCCACCACUUCUUCGGGGUCUUCGACGGCCACGGCUGCUCUCAUGUCGCGACGUCGUGCGGGCUGCGGAUGCACGAGAUCGUGGCCGAGGAGGCCGCCGCCGCCGCCGCCGGCUCGUCGGUGUCGGACGAGGCGGCGCGGUGGAGGGACGUGAUGGAGAAGAGCUACGCGCGGAUGGACGCCGAGGCCAUCGGCUCAAGGGAGACCGCCGACCCCGCGCCCACCUGCCGGUGCGAGAUGCAGCUGCCCAAGUGCGACCACGUCGGCUCCACCGCCGUCGUCGCCGUGGUGGGGCCGCGCCACCUCGUCGUCGCCAACUGCGGCGACUCCCGCGCCGUCCUCUGCAGCGGAGGCGCCGCAAUCCCGCUCUCAGCUGACCACAAGCCUGACCGUCCUGACGAGCUCGAACGGAUCCACGCGGCGGGAGGGCGCGUCAUCUUCUGGGACGGCGCCCGCGUCUUCGGCAUGCUCGCCAUGUCCCGGGCCAUCGGCGACAGCUACUUGAAGCCGUUCGUGAUAUCGGACCCGGAGGUGAGGGUGGUGGAGAGGAAGGACGGCGAGGACGAGUUCCUGAUCCUGGCCAGCGACGGGCUGUGGGACGUGGUGAGCAACGAGGUGGCCUGCAAGGUGGUGCGCGCCUGCCUCCGAAGCAGGGAGCCGCGCGGCGGGGAGCGGUCGAGCCCGACGUCCAGCCUGAGCCCCAGGCAGAGCAGCGGCAGCAGCAGCGGCGACGAGGAGGCCGCCGCGCCCAGCGACGGCGCGGCGUACGACAGCGACGGCGAGAGCGGCGAGGACAAGGCCUGCGCCGAGGCGGCCAUCCUGCUGACCAAGCUGGCCCUGGCGCGGCAGAGCGCGGACAACGUCAGCGUCGUCGUCGUCAAUCUCAGGCGGCGCCCGAGAUCGUGACCGCCGGAUCCCCUGUACAAGCCGUUCCUGGCUAAAUUCUCGGCCGUCCCCAAUUCGAAAUUCGCGUCGACCAAGCAAAAAUCGAACGGAAUGCCAAAGCAAAGAUCGAACAUAGACUGAGAUCCUUAGCAGAACUGCAGAUUACAGUAGGAUUACUAGUUACUAUUUCUUCAGAAUUUUUUUUGAGGCGUCUGUGAUCUGCUCGGACAGAUCAGCGCGCCUUUCUUCCGCAAAAAAAAAAAAAAGAGUAGCUCAUGCC